AUGACAGUGUUGGGAUUUGCUGACAAAUCAAGUGCCCCAGAACACUACCCCCUGCCAGAAGACAUGGAGAAAUUGAGAAAAGCCCAAAAACUUGAGUACCUCCAUGGCAUCUCUGAAAAGGAGGUUGAUUCUUUCAUUUUCCAGUCAGAAGAACAAGUGCAAAAACUAAAAACUGAAGAAGAGAUAGACAUUUUGCAGCAGCAAGAACUUGCUGCUAAGGGGAGAUUUCCCAGCAGAUUCCCUGGAUGCAACAAGUCAUUCAAGUACAAUGGCAAAACCAGAAGGAACAAUGAACUGUUCCAUCAUCCACGUGUUCAGUUUAAGGAUUCCAUGAUAAUGACCCAAUCUUCACCUGAAUGCACAGCCCCUCAAAAAGAGACAAAAGCAGGUGAUGAUGUAUACAACUAUAACUGUGCACUUCUGGCAGAUUGCUUUUUAUUUUUUAAUUUUCUUAACGCUAUUAAAGAAGGGGAUGGAGAACGAAUUAUGCAGCAAUACAAGUACAUUAUGCUUUAUUGUAAGGCCAAUGGCUCACAUAGCACCAAGUACGCACUAGAAUGUUUAACUCAGUUUUUCUUCGUGUUUGCACUGUUAUCGCAGAGACAGUGA